UUCAGAGUUUAGUCCAAACCGAGUCUCACACCAGAGCGAGUCCGGUUCACCGGAGAGAGAGGGAGAGAGAGAGGGAGAGAGAGAGGGAGAGAGAGAGUCCGGUUCAUAAGAGACCAGAGAGAGAGAGCCUGGUUCACCGGCGAGAGAGAGAGAGAGAAUCCGGUUCACCGGAGAGAGAGGGAGAGAGAGAGAGUCCGGUUCACCACCGACCGGAGAGAGAGAUAGUCCGGUAGAGCAGAGCCCCGGUGACCGGAGGAGAAGUCCCCGUGUCCGGUACCGAGGGUUCGGAGGAGCGGGACCCGGAGCCGGACCGGAGCCAUGUUGGAAGCUGCCUCGCACCUGCAGCUGAGGUCCUGGUGAAGCAGGAUGAACGGAUACGAAGCUCCAGCUCUCGCCUCUGGAGGCUUCGGCUCGUACGACUCCAACAUGAAUGGUCUCGACUCUCGGUCUCCGGAGCCUCUCAGAAGUAAAGCCAAGUCCGGUGCCAAAGCUCUGUAUGAACAAAGAAAACAUUUCACCAAAACCAGUAUCAACAGCCUGACGGACACGUCCCAGUACCACGUGGAGCACCUCACCACUUUCGUGUUGGACCGUAAAGACGGGUUGAUCACCGUGGACGACGGGAUCCGGCGUCUCCGCCUGCUGGACGCUAAAGGGAAGGUAUGGACUCAGGAGAUGCUGCUGCAGGUGGAGGAGAAGAGUGUCAGCCUCAUCGACCAGGACACCCAGAACGAGCUGGAGAACUUUCCCAUUGGGACGAUCCAGCACUGUCAGGCUGUGAUGAACACCUGCAGCUUCGACUCCAUCUUGGCUCUGGUGUGUAAAGAGUCGGGUCAAACCAAAGCAGACCUGCACCUGUUCCAGUGCGACGACAUCAAGGCGAACUUGAUCCACGCAGACGUAGAAAGUGCCACGACUGAUGCCAAAGGAGGGAAAGUGAAGAAGAGACCGGAGACUCUGAAGAUGAUCCUGAAGAGUGGCGGGGUCAUUCCACCUCCCCCGCCUGCUCCCGCCCCCCAACCCCCUGCAUCGUCCAAUCAGCUGGACGUGAAGAGCAGAGCGGCCGCCUGGUCGGCCUGGACCAAUGAGCAGCAAGACUACGAGCAGCAGCGCCAGAUGUCGGGGGAGGAGGGGCCGGCGGAGAUGACGGCGUCCCGAGUGGACGGACACGUGCAAAUCCUUAACCACAUCCUGGACGACAUUGAGUUCUUCGUCACCAAACUUCAGAAAGCGGCCGAAGCGUUCGCCGAUCUGUCCAAGAGGAAGAAGAUCAAGAAGAAUAAAAAGAAAGGUCCGGGAGAGGGAGUCCUGACUCUGCGCUCCAAAACCCCCGGAGAGGACGAGUUCGUCGACUGUUUUCAGAAGUUUAAACACGCCUUCAACCAGCUGGGGAAGCUGAAGGAUCACAUCCAAAACCCGAGCUCCACAGACUUGGUUCACUUCCUGUUCACUCCACUCAGAAUGGUGAUCCAGGCGUCCGGCAGCCCGGACCUGGCUCGCAGCGUCGUGGUUCCUCUUCUCACUAGAGACACCAUCGACUUCCUUCAUGCCUCAGGGACGGCGGAGGAGAGACACCUGUGGGUCGCCCUGGGAGACGGCUGGACCAAAUGCAGGUUGGAGUGGCCGAGGGAUCACUACUUCCCGCCCUGCGUGCUGACGUUUCGUGACGGCUGGGAGCCGGUGGCGUCCCCGGUGGUGACUCGGAGUCGAGAGGCGGAGCUGACUCAGCUGGCAGAGAGCCAGAGACAGGAGGAGCUGACGAGGAGGCUGGCUCAGGAGACGGCGCUGCAGUCGUUCCCUCCGACAGAUGGGUACGCCUUUUCCAACACAUCGUACAAACGCACGCAGAUCCUGGAUCAGGACGCGGCCGUGGCUGCGUUCAAACACGCCGUCAGCCGCCAUGUUGACCGAACUUUUGAUGCCGAAACCAGAAAUCAACCAAAUAUUUUUGCCAAAUCUAAAUUUGACUUUGUGGCGAGAAACAACACGGAACUUUCUGUCCUGAAAGACGAGGUUGUCGAGGUUCUGGACGACAGGAAGCAGUGGUGGAGGGUUCGUAACGGCACGGGGGCGUCGGGCUACGUACCAAACAACAUCCUGGAAAUCACCACAGCCGUGGACGUGUCGGGCCGAGCCGAUCCCAUCUACAGCCACACCAUCCAGAAACAGACCACGAGGACGGACCUGAUCCCCGGUAAAGCUGCUGCCACCCCGAUGCCCCCGGCCCCCACGCCGCCCCCCCCGGCCCCCGCCAGGCUCCCCACGCCGCCCCUGCCCCCCCCGGCCCCCGAGCCCGCCAAACCGUCAGCUGGCAGCAGCGCUGUCAGCCGCCAGAACAGCACCGCCUCCAGCGACCACGGCGGCGUCACCAUGAGGGAGCACGACAACCAGAGACCCGCCCCCUCCAACCGCAGGAAGUCCAACAUGGAGGACGUCCAGGACGAGCUGAUGCACAGGCUGACGCUGGGUCGCAGCGCUCAGAAGAAGUUUCCACUUCCUGCCCGCGGUGGCGGCGUCCACCCGUCCGUCAGCAUCACGUACGACUCGUCACCUGACGACGUGAAAGUCUGGUUGGACGCCAAAGGCUUCAGUCCAGUCACCAUCACCAGCCUCGGCGUCCUCACCGGAGCUCAGCUGUUUUCUCUCAACAAAGAGGAGCUGAAGACGGUUUGUCCUGACGACGGCGCCCGCGUCUUCAGUCAGGUGACCGUCCAGAAGGCCGCACUGGAGAGGAGUUCGGGCUCGGAGCUUCAGGAGGUCAUGAGGAGGCGUCAGGAGAAACUUGCAGCGACCACAUGUGACUCGGGGGUGGAGUCUUUUGAUGAAGGAAGCUCCCACUGAGCUCCUCAUGGCCUCCUCCCUCCCUCCCUCCCUCCCUCCUCCCUCCUCC